AUGUCUCUUCUACCAUUGUUAUUUGAUGAUUGGACUGUCGCACGUCCUCGUCGCCUUGUGGAUCAGCAUUUUGGGUUGGCACUGACUCCUGACGAUCUUCUGUCUGUUGCGGCGGGGCCCUUGCUCAGCAGGGAGUACUACAGACCAUGGCGACACCUCGCAGCUGCUGCAAGAGAUCUUGGAUCGAGCAUCAAAGCCGACGCGGACAAGUUUCAGAUCAACCUAGACGUACAGCAUUUCGCGCCCGAAGAAAUAUCCGUGAAGACCGCAGACGGAUAUAUCGUAGUUGAAGGAAAGCAUGAAGAGAAAAAGGAUGAGCACGGCUUCGUUUCACGGCAGUUUGUGAGGAGGUAUGCGUUACCAGAAGGCACAUUACCCGAAACAGUAGAGUCAAAGCUGUCUUCAGACGGAGUUUUAACCAUCACUGCGCCAAGAAAUGUUCCAGAAUCGAUCAAAGGUGAAAGGAAAGUGCCAAUAGCUCAGACUGGUCCUGUCCGUAAAGAAAUCAAAGAUCAGAACGAAGGUACGAGCGACCAGAAAGAAGGAAAG